AUGGAUCUGACCAAGCUCAAAGGCUUCAAGCCGCUGUCUGCGACCGUAACGGAUAAGCUCGGUGGCUCGUCGAGCACGGGUGAUCCGGCAUCGGUCAAUGAGGGCAAUCUUCCUCGUCCAAGACCUCGUCCAGUCUUUCGACCCUCUCAGCCUGCUCCAACUGCCCCUCCGCAUCUUCCUGCCCCAGCACAGAGCCCUCUACCUCGUUCCGCGGCAGGUCAGACGCCUCAGAACGUCAUGCAGCAGGCGUACACGCCCAUCAAAGCAAGCGAGCAGCCUGCACUUGCCAUGAUCGAUGAAGACGAUGAUCCUUUGGGCAUUGAAGCGCUCCUCAAGGAGAACAUGCCUUCCAACAGCCCGCCCGUUCGCAAACGCAGUCUCUCGCCCUUCCUACUCGCCCCGCCAAGUGAGCCAAGUGCUCGCAACGGCCGGACAGAUCUCUUCGACCAGCCUCUGAAGCGCCCUCGAGUCCCAUCAGAAGAGCUAUAUAGAUCCACUCCUGUUCCGCCUUCAUCUGCGGGCGCAAGACAAGAGAGUCGCAAGCUUUACUACGAUCAAGCUUGCCAGACCGACCUCGCCGAGCAGCACAGUGACCGCGAAGCCCAGCAACGGGAGCAACGUGAAGCCCAGAUGAAGCAUUGGGCCAGCGUAUCACACGAAGAGUGGCUCAAAGGUGGUCAGGCCCUUCUCGAUCGUUUCUCGAGCCUUUCGGAUGCUCUGGUCGCUCUCGUCGCCGACAAGCAAGCGGCUGCGAUGAACAUCGGCAGAACGCUCGACGACCACAAGAUUGUCCUCGCGCAUCGGGCAAGAGAACUCGAAGAGACUGUCAAGGUCGCACAACAAUGGCGUACCGGCUUUGCGCCCCUUCAUCCAGCGAAUGCAUCGUCAUCGUCAUAA